AUGUCUGACAAAGAAAUGACUACCAACAAUUCGAUGGAUGUUGAUUCAGUUCCUGCUAAAUCGACUCCAUCUCCGAAUGUACCAUCAUCCUCUGCUGUACUUGAUAUUGGUAUCGGUAGUGGAUAUAUAUCGGGUUCAGAUGACGAAGAAAUGACUGAACCGACAACAUCGCAGAGUUCAACACCAGACUCGACAACACUUCCGCCGACCACGAAGAAAAAACCUCUAACAGCUGGCAAACAUCCACUUACAAAAACAAAAUCAUCACUAGUUAAUUAUGAACGCGACUCCGAUGACGAUGAACAUACAGAUGAUGAAGACGACGAUGAAAACGGGCAUUCUAAUGAGGAACAGGAUCUAGACGACGACCGAUCUAAUUCCAAUCAUGCCGCUCCAUCGCAUGGCGAAGAAUCGGAUAUUCUUCAAAUGGAAUCAAGUACAUACGCUGAACAAACAAUAGUCACAUCGGAUUUGCUCAAUGUGACACCGUUCAAAGGAGACGACGCCUCACCAUCUCGUUCCGACCUACAGUCAAAUUAUGCAUUCGUAUUUCCAGAAGACGCAGAAAUUCGCAUACCACCAGAACCAUCAAAGAACUGUUCGGCGAGGCUGCAAGCAAAAUUCGAAGACUAUUAUGAUCGAUAUAUCAAAACAGGUAUUGAUCAAAAUGCUGUUAUUCAAAGAUUGAAAGAUUUUCGAAAUCCAUGUAUGUACGAAAAAAUGAUUUCACAUUUGGAUAUCGAUGAAAUUGGUACAAAUUUUCCUCAAGAAUUGUAUGAUCCACACUUAUGGGGUAAAGAAUCGUAUUACGAAGAAUUAAGUAAAACGCAAAAACUAGAAAUGGAUCGACGAGAAAAAGAACGGCGCGAUCGAGCUAAAAUUGGCUUUACUCCAGGUGUGAAAAAAAUCGAUCAACUCGGUAUUGGUUCAACGAAUAAUUCGGAUCUCGGUGGUGAAAAACGUCGCAGUCGUUUUGAUCAAUAA